CAGGCAGGUGUGUGCGUGCGUGAUGAAAAAGAUCGUGCUGGUGUCACGAUAAGUAAUUCUUUAUAUUCGGCAUUGUGCGAGAAUCGUGAUCUUUUGUGUUGAACACAUGGUGGAACGAGGUGGAUCUGCAAACACUUGACACAAUGACUUCUUCAACUGGAAAUCGCAAGGACCAACACUCUCACGUGUUGGUGCCAGUCCUUUUAAGUGCCUGCGCUAUCCCGAUUUCGAUGAUGUUUUGGAUAAUAAAUGUGGCUUACUCAAUACUCUGGCCGGAUUCUGAAAACCACAUAGAAGAACGUUCAGUGAUUUCACCAUGGAGAUGGCUAUUUGCAGUUAUAGUACCACUUUUAUUCUUGUUUUGGGGAUACAGCAAAAAAAAUAUAGAUUUCACUGGUGGGAUUCUUGGUCUCGUUAUGGGUUUUAUCUUAACACUUUCAAGCUAUGCUCACCUAGCAGCACUUGCAACAUUCUUCGUCACUGGAUCAAAAGCGACGAAGUUCCGAUCUGUAGAAAAGGAAAAAAUCGAAGCUGAUUUUAAGGAAGGAGGACAGCGUAGCUGGACGCAAGUGCUCUGUAAUGGCGGUAUGGCUACUCAGUUGGCUCUAUUAUAUUUGCUAGAUGUUGGUAGUGGAGAGCGACCUAUAGACUUCAACAGCGAGUAUCGUAGUUCGUGGUUAUCUGUUGCCAUAUUAGGAGCAUUUGCAUGUUGUUGUGGCGAUACGUGGGCUUCAGAACUUGGUACUGUGAUCAGUAAAAGCGAUCCUUUCCUUAUUACAACAAGGAAAAGAGUGCCAAGAGGAACAAACGGUGCUGUAUCGUGGAUGGGUCUUUUAUGUUCGUUUCUUGGUGGGUUAGCAGUUGGUUUGGUUUAUUACGUUGUGAUAUUGUACACCGUCGACACGACUGUACUGGAAUUGUCGUCACCACAAUGGCCCAUUAUACUUGUUGGAGGAUUUGGAGGUUUUUUCGGUAGUCUAUUAGAUUCUAUUCUUGGCGCGACGUUACAAUAUUCAGGAAUUGACGAGAAAGGUCUCAUAGUAGGACGACCGGGAAAAGGCGUAAAAUAUAUAAGCGGUAAACAAAUCUUGGAUAACCACAGUGUAAAUCUUCUUUCUAGCAUUGGAAUCGCUCUUAUUCUUCCGCGAAUAGCCAAUGUUUUCUGGCCAAGUUUCUGAUUUAGUCUAGAAACAAGGAGAAAGAAGAUUGUAUAUGAGAAACAUGAAAGUUUUAAUAUAAGAAAUGUUAAUAAUUCCAAUUCCCAGUAAAACAUGUUACUCUAAUGGAUAGAUUACUCACGCUCAAUCUCGAGAGUUUAGUAUAUGUGGUUAUGUUAUUUUUCAUAUUUGGUUUGUUUUAUAUUUUUAUUAUUGUUAUGUAAGCAUUACAACGUUUCGUGUAUGCGAAAGCAUUUCGUGAACUGUGCGUUUUUAUUUUAUUAGGUAUAUUGUAGGUAUACAGUAUAUGGUUGGCAUCAUUACUAUAUUAAAACUAAAAGUUUUUUAUGUGAUGAAGAUAUUGAAACUAAUAUGUAUAGAUCUGUAUUUUACGACAGUUUUGUAAAACUUAUGGAGUCUUUUAUUUUGAUAUUAUAAAAAGAUUUACAAAAUAUCGUAUAAAUCAGCAUUCUUGUGUGUUUGCAUUUUUAAAUAUGAAAUAUAUACACAUGAUAUAUUACAUAUUUGUCACAAGAUAUAUCGCAUUUUCUUUAGUUAAAGCUUACUGACAAAUAUUUGUAUAAUGUUUCUAUUGUCGUUCGAAAAGAUCAUGUCGUAUUUAAUUAAAAGGUAAUGCUAAAUGUUUAUAUUUUUAUUAUUAUUAUUUGUUAGAAAAAAAUUCAUCACAUUUUACCUCAAGCAAAAGUUACUGAUAAAUAUAUGUGUAUGUCUGUGUUGGUUUCGGCGCAAAAUGCAAUAAGAUCUUUAUAAAUAAAAUUUGCAUGUGUGAAUGUGUGUACAUAUAUAAUAAAAUGUAAAUAAUGUAAAUAUAUCACUUUUUCAGAAGAGUGUCAAUUUAAUAGAUGUAAGAAUUAAAGUGGAGUUAUAGAAUAAAAAUUAUAAGAAUUAUACAAUUAUAUAUAAUAAGAUUUUGAUACAUUUUUCUCGUUCACUUUAAUACGUAUAAUAUAUAUUCUCUACACAUAUUUAUGGAUAUAAAACUUUGUAAGUUUAUAUCAUUAUAUACCGAUACAUUUGUAAAAAGUGUGCAUACAUAUUUGGCUAGACGAAAAAUACAAACUAUUUCAAAGAUAAUUAAUUUCAAUACUUCAUAACUAGAAAAUUUUAAGUAAUACUUGAAUUAAUAUAAUUCAGAAACAGUAUGUUUUACACUAAAUAUUGAAUAAAAAACAAAGCUUUUUUGCAAACUACUAGAUAAUGUAGCAAGUGAAUGAUGUUAAUUGUAGAAAUAAAUGUUUGGAACAUGAUUUAUUUGGUGCUUGAUCGAGAGUACAUUACUUAAUUAUUAAAAUAAGUGAAUAACCAAUAUGUAUAAUCAGUGAACAUCAGAUUUUCUGUCUCAUCAUUGUUCUUAAGCAUAAGUGUGGCAACUAAUUUAUAUUGUUCCUGUUUGUGUUCUAUCGAUAUGUUUAAAAUAAUACGAUUAAAUUAUAUUAAAAAUAAUUUAAUUAUU